AUGAAAGAUAAAGCAGAAAUGAAUAUGUUCUUUGAAGACGACCAGCUUCUGAUUUCUGAAGCAAUUGAACGCUUGGAGGCCACUCAUUAUUACGACAAGUUUGACACUGAAUCAUUGUUUAAUCUAAUCGAAAGAAAUGUUGACUUGUCGGACAAAUCGCUAUUCACACAAGUAAUUGUUUUAUACGGAAGAAGCGAAACAAUCCCAUCACUUGUGGAAGAAGACACCUACAACCGAGUUCGCUGCUCACCUAAUCUCACAAUGGAUUUUGUAUAUAUUCAUCAAUCCCCCAAACAUAUUCCUCGAUGCCAGCAAGUAUUUAAUUUCUGGUGUUCUCUGGACAGUACAAAAGUAAAGGGAUGGUACUAUGAAUUUGGACAUCUUGGAAAGAGUUCCUUUACUAGGGCAAUGGUUCAGCUAAUCGCUCAUCCUCUUCAACGUGGAGAUCAAAUGAAAAUGAAGAUGCCUAUUGUCUCUUUUUAUGGUGACCAUUCUUCUGUGUUUGAUAUUAUAGAAUAG